GGCCCGGUUUAAGGCCACCCCGGCAGCACCCGCCAAACCGCCGUCCCCUCAGCCGCUGCCCCGCCGCCCCGCCCCGUUGCGAAGGAAGCGGCGUCUCCGGUUGCUACGAUGGCGGCGGUGCAGCCGGAGCAAGGCUAAAGUGCCUCAAAAAAGAGCCGAGAACAGCUCCCGGCCCCCCCGGUAGGGAGGCGGUGGGCCCGGGUCGCCUCCUGGAGCCCGGCGGGGCAGCGCUCGGCCGCCGCCUCCAGCGCAGGGCGGCGGGCGGGGGGGGGCUCCAUGGAGGAUCCCGGCACGGACAACGUUUUAACAUUUCAUUUUGGAUGGGAUUUAGAAGAAGAACGCUGGGCAUUGAAAGAAGAUCAAAAGCUAUUUCGGAGUAAGGCACAGAAAUAUUUGAUAGAGACGAACAGAAGAAGAAGAGCCUUUGAAGAAAGACGGAAGCAAAAAGAAGAAAAAGAACAAAGACUUAGAGAACAAGUUCUGCAACAGAGGAGAAUUAAGCUUCAGGAAGCAACUGAGAGGUUCCAGCGUGCUCAUCUGCCUGCUUCUCAGCACAAACAAAUAGUCCAGACAAAAGCAGAUUUUCAGCUAGAAGAAGCUCUUGAACAAAUUAAAGGAUCAGUUUUAACAUCAGGAUUGUACUUGCCCAGCAGAAACAAAACCACCUUCAGAGCCACAGAUGACACUUCAUCCUCAUCAGCAUCUAGAAACGGUUAUUCCCGUCAGGAGCAGAUUUCAGCAAUGGUUGGCUACAAUAACACAAUGCAGGAGAGCACUACAACCAGCAUGGACAGUAACCAACUUUUGUUCCAGAGAAAUCUGAAAGAAAUGCAGCAGCUCCUAGAAAAACAGCAUCUCAGCAACUCGGAGAAUUUUCAUCAACAAGUUGAGAAAACAGACGAUUCAGAAAGUUUAUCAAGUCUUGACAGUCUUGAGGCUGGGGAACAAAAUGAAAAUUGCAGCCCACCAAGUGAAUCUCCUUUGGUUACGCAGUGUGACUGUGCACAGACCAGGAGCAAUGAUUUGAUUUGUACAAUUGAAAAUACUUCUAAAAACAUGCAUCUAAAUAAUUGUCAGAGAAAUUUAGAUUCCCAAAACAGCCACAACAACUUACCUGUUCAUGAUCUUUUAGAUAAACAUAACGUUCUAACUGUUGCUGAACAUGUAAACAGUUCAGAAGAUGAAUCAUCUGAAAAAAAAGCUGCAGAGUUCUCUACUUCUGGUAAUCAAGAAAGCUCUGUAAAUAAAGAAUUUACUUUUCUGCAAAAUAUAAAAGAAGAAAGAAAGAAUCCAUCUUCUGGAAUGGCCAGCACAUUGGCCACUGGUCAUCCUGUUUUCAGUCCUAGCAAAGCCUGGGCCAGCCCUGAUUCUAUUCCAGGAGAAAGAAUUCAGGAUCUGAUGCAAGAGCAGAGCUUUAAAUUGACCCCACAAAAUAGAAGUAAAUGUGUGCAAACCUUCAGUGAACCUAUUGCAACAUCUGGAAUCUUAUUUCCUAAUCAGAGGUGUUCCACUGGUGUUCCCAGCACAGCUGAUACAUUGCCAAAGGACAAAAACAUUAGUAAAGAUUUUCUAAAAAAUACAUUGGGAAAAGUGAUUGAAACAAAAGAAGAAAACAUUAGACGUGUUGAUGAUGUUGACCAAGGAUCAUCUCUAUUUCAGGAUGCCUCAGUUCUGUGCAAUGUUAAGCAACAGAAUAACAAGGAGGAAGAAAAGGCAAAUGUGGUUGAAACUAUGUCACUGGUGUCUGAUACAGAGUUCAGUUUUGGCAUUCUUGCAGAGCACAAAACCCUGAAAAACAAUAUUUACAACGGGAAAAGAGCAAAACUAUUCAGAAGUAUCUUAAAGAAGGAAUCUAAAUGUGAACCCAGACAUUUCAAAGCUGUGGUUAAGAACCAUGGGAUCAGUUUUGGAACUCGACCUGUGUCUUCUAUCAGAGACAGUUUGGAACUAGCAAAAAUGAAAAAGAAAAGUGGAGAAAAUGAAAAAAACAAUAGGAAACUAAGAUGGUGUGAUCAGAUUAACAAGAUAAUAAUGGAAAAUAAUGAAAAACGCUGUGAGAAAAAUACAAGUGAAAUAUCUUCUGCACAGCUGCAACGUCUUCAAACUGCAAGUGAUGCUUCUUGGACUAAUUUAAGUAUGGUUGUUCACCCUUCAAACACCACUUUCACAAGAAAUCACCAGGAAAAUUCUCAUAUACCAAAAUCAAAUAUUAAUUCUGGAACAUCAAAUAAAGAAUGCAUGUCUCUGAAUGUGUUUACGUCUACUGGAUCCUCUUUUGCUAAAAAAGCUUGGAUGGUAUCAAAAGAUGAAGAAAGAAAGCCCCCAGUAUGUAAUAAAUCUAAAAUUUACGAAGGUAAUCAACACAAAAAUAAGCCAAAAAUAGCCAGAAGACCAAGACCCGUAGGAGCCCAGUUGGGUUUUAUGUCAAAGAACAGAAGAGGCACUCUGGUCCAACCUCAGUGGGCUGCUGAAGCCGACACAAUUCCAGUAGCUCGAGACAGAGCGUUGGUACCUCACCCACCAUCUGCACCUACUCUGGGAAACACAAGUGGCAAAACCAUGGUCAGACUGGGGUUUCAGCCACGGCCUUCCUCCAAACUUCAGUCUGCCACUACAAAUGGUGUUGUUCCUGUUACAAGACAAAAACAGAUUUUUGACAACAGUGAACAUAAACACAGAGCUUUUUCAGAACAGAGAAGGCAAACUGUAGCAUCUAAAAGGAAGUCUACUCAUCAGACACAGAAUUCGUUACAUGCUGUCCAGCUGAGUCCCAUUCAAUCUGCAUAUGGUCCAGCACAAAAUAUGAAUAACGUCUACAAGUUUGAUGAAGUUUCAGAAAGCACUGCUCAGUUUCUUAUGGCAGAAAAACUAGCAAGUACACCAGCUGCAGAAGAUGAAAUCCUGGCAGCUAUAGAAGGUGUGCAACCAGCAAGACAACCCUUUCUGCUUAACAGGGCUCCAUGUCUAGGCAUGAGUGCACUUUCAGUAGAAGAAGAGAAGAUUUUCCAGUCUCUUGAUCGUCUCAAUCAAAGGCUACAAAAUGUUCAAGAAGCCAUUACCAGAAACCCAUCUGCCUCGGGUGUUUUACAGAUAAUCACUCCUUUAGUAAAGUAUUCAGCAAUGUAUAUCCUCCCCUUUGGUGAAUACUACAGUAACCUCACAGCAGUACCAGAAUGCAUCAGCUAGCAAUCAAUUGCAAGUGCACAGGAAAUACUGAUAUUCUCUUAAAAAAGCUGCUCCAAUAUAUUGCAGCAUUAUGUACUUUUUAUGUGUGUAUUAUUUGACACUAUAAAAUUAGCCACAAAAUAAAGAUGAAAGCAGUAACUUGAGUAAUGAAUUACAAUUGACUGUUAAGCAUUUUUAGGAUAAUUAAGUCUAUUUUAUUAUGCACUUUAUUGUAAAACACUGUAUAUUAAAACAAUGAAAAUACCUCACAUUUUUAGCAUUUAUAUUGGUAGUGUAAAUUUCCUGUACCUGUAAUUAAAGUGAAAAGAAAAAAAAAAAAAUCACUAAUUAGAUUAUGUGUAAACCAUUCUCCUAAAUUCCUGUGUUUUUUUAAGAUUUGCUAAUAGGUUCUAUUACAUUUAUAAAUGAAACAUUGUAAAAGUGAUCUGAUUAUCAGUAAAUAAUGCAUAGAGUUUCACCUUUCUCCUUUAUAUUGGUGGCUGUAUUGCAAAUUAUUGCAGACUGUCUGUUGCCCUUAUUCAGUAGUUACAUCUGAUGGUGCUGAAACUGACUGUGCUCCCAGCAUCAUACUUCUUCUGCUUCUCCUUCAUACUUCUACUGCUCCUACACUUCUUCCUGAAUUUGAUGGAGGUUCCUGUUCUCCAGCUUUUCUCAACAACGUUUUCCAAUGCUUGCACUUAAAGACCAGUUCUUCCUCAGCUCCUCAUGUGAAGGAACCCAGGCUGAAAUUGGCAGGAAAUUAGAAAGAAAAAUUCCUGGGGAAGGACAAGUACAACAAAGGGUGUGUAGAUGCACUUUCACUGAAGCACAUUGGGGAAAUCUUUAUACGUCAAUGACAGCUUUGGGCUAAAAUAAUUAUCCUAGAAUCACACCAUAAGAACUCAGCUAGCUCAACAGCAAAAUGUGAUUUUGGUUUUUCCUCAUAAGCUUUACCUUGCUAAUACAUAUUACACAAUCUCCAUAUAAGGAGAAUUAAGAACAACCAAAGUGGGGACAACAGGCCUGGAGAGGAGGACUCCAUUCCUGUUUUUAAGAUACAUAGAUGGAGCCAAAUAAUAAUAUAUUCUGCAUAAGAGUAUAUGUAUUCCAAGAACAUGACUAAAUGUCUUUCUGCAGAGCUUAGUGAACUUGCAGUUGUCUUUGUAAGUGGUUAUUUUGGAGGGCAAUUUGGUUUUGACAGUCUUGAACUGACAGAUCAUACUUUGGACCUUCAAUUUUAAGUUCACCUGACUCACCAUAACUAUUAACAUGGCAACAGAUUUGUUUUAGUGAUGUUUGGUGAUAAACCUGUCUGCAUUGUUAUACCAGUUCUAGAGCAAAGGCCUUUUGUUAGUUAACUAGCAUGACACCUAAAUCUGUGAGAUUUGAUAAUUAUUAAGGAGCAGUAACUUUUUAACAUCCUCUCUUUUUCUCUUCUGCUGUUUCAGUGCAAAGUAGAUAAAUAUUGCAAAAAGCUGUAGAAGGCAUAUACAAUGCACAGCAUCAGUCAACAAAUCUAAGCUGGUGACCAGCUGCAAGAAACAAUUAAAAAAAAAUAAUAAAAGCAAUUUAUUAAACCUCUGAAUUUAUAAUUUCCUAUUAGAUGUCUGAUUUUCCUUUCAUUAUACAGUAAAAGAUGUGGGGUUGGCUUUGGGACUUAAUCACUCGUAUUUCCAUCAGAGUGCUGCCUAAAUGCUACAUAGUGUUAUUGUGAGCCUUUGUUAGAGUGUUUGGGAGCUAAGAAGAGUUGUAUUUCAGGAGUGGGCUCAGUGCUGUACCAGUGCAACCACAGAAACACAGACUCAGAAAGACAUAAACACUUCUCUGGAUAGAAUACAUCUUCCCAGAAGAAGCAAUCAAAAGAUAUUUGGCAAAAGUAUUUUUAAAACUUUGUUAUUCCCAAUCAUACCAAGAUCAUCACACCAGUACCUUUAAUUAGUGUUGCCAUUGAUUAGGAGGGAACCAGUCUGUCAAAUGGAGACAAAAGGAAAACAAGUGCCAACACAGAAAUGGAAAGUUUAUCAGGGGAUUAGGGCUACCUGCCGGUGGCUGAUGUGAGCCACAAUUAAGACUAGCUACGUAUGUAGCAAAUAGCAGCAGAAUUUUUACAGAGGAAGUUUAGGGAAAGAUUAUUUUUCUCAAAACAAUGCUUUGAAAAAUGGAAGGAUGCUACCUUUCUCCUCUAGCUAGGCAUUGCAACAUCUUUGGGAGAGAAGAUCUGAUGGACUUGAAAGACUUCAAGUCUAGACUUCAGUCUGGAGCCUGUUAACAUAAAUUGUACUUAAACACCAAAACUGCAGAAACUCGGUGUCCCCUUCUGAUUGCUGUUGCCAUCUGUCCUGUUCCUGCUGCCAGAAGGGGGAAAGUUGUAGCUGCAUCCCAGAAGCCUGAAGGAUUGCAAUGUGUGUCAGCACUUAUAGGGCCUUUGGUGCUCAAAUACGUUAAAUACCCAGCAGAACACAUCCGUAUAUCUUCAGAGCAAAUGAACAAAGGCCUUCUGAGUUUGACUUCAAAAUGGGUUUGCACUGAAAAAACUCAGCCCUCACAUCUCUGUUUGUAUGCAGUAUGCUGCAACAUUCCAGUAUGGUGAGGAUUUAAUAUUUAAAUAGUGAGGGAAAGUUUCCCCACAGAGAUUAAGAGAAGGAAAGCAAAUAAUCCAAAUACCAGAGGCCAUGGAUCAAAACCAACCCUUGCUAGUCAGCAACCCAGAAUGCGAGCUUAACCAGGUUUCUUCUCCCAUUAAUCGGUUUAGGUGGCAAAAGCAAAGCCAGAGAGUCAGCUUCCUCUCGUAAUUACGCAGUGAGAUUUUUCAAAACCAGGUGCCUGCAUUUAAGUUUCUAGGAAAAUAUUUCCAAGUAGGAUACUUGAUUUAGGGUUACAGGCUUCAACUCAAAGACAGUAGCCUUGUUUCUUAGGUUACUUUGACUCCUUUGAGAAUAUUAAAGUAUAGUUUUUGUUUAGGUAUCUCAACAGUGUGAUUCUCAGAAGGAAUGUGCAUUAGGACAGCAAACCCAGGGGCAGCUACUGGAUUCUGAGCACUUCAAUAGAGCCAACGAGCCCUUUUGUUCCCAUAACUUGAUAAUUAUUCUUCAGACUGAUAUUUGAUAUUACAGAUCAUUCUAUUAAUCUUAUAGAAAUUAAAAAUAAAUAAUUAAAAAAAAAAAAAAAGAUAGCUUUAUUCUUCAAGUUAACUACACUUAAAUCAACACGAUUGGUUUAGAUACAAACAUUAACAUCUGGAUACCUUAGAUUUCCUCCUAAAACUCUUCAGUCUGCCUGCCAUUUUUGCUGCUUU